GCCAAGGUGGCAGACUUUGGGCUGCUGAGGCAGAACGAGGGCACGACGGUGGGAGACACUCGCAUCAUGGGCACACCGGGCUAUGUGGACCCCGCUUACUUCAAAUCCAACAAGGCCACCCCCAUGGCCGAUGUAUACAGCUUUGGCAUCCUCAUUCUGACCACAAUGUCCGGCCACAAUGCACUGAAAGCGGAUGAGAACGGCAACAAUUUCAACGUCAGGAAAUGGGCGGAGUCGUUAGUUGCGGCCGGCAAAGCGGAGGAAUUAAAAGACCCGCGAUUGGACGCCCCGGCAGAUUUGAUUCUGCGGCUGGCGCAGCUGGCGCUGCGCUGCACGGCCAUGCCCACCGUGUCUCGUCCUGACAUGAUCCAGGUGGUAUCUGAGCUCACGGCUCUCAGGAAGGAGUUUCUGGGGAAGGUGUCGUCUAGGAUGGCUGAGAGGAUUGAUGAGGAGGUGGAGUCCCAGAGAGUUGGGAAUUUCAGUGCGGAAAUAGCGAUGAUUGAAAGGCUGGCGUUUCAGGGUAGCACCAGUGCAAUGAGCAUUCGCUGA